AUGACCCUUGGCUUCCUUGAAGUCCAGGCCGGCACCGGGGCAACGACCGCUCAUAUUCUGCAGGCACUGACAUCAGCAUACGGCCAGCGAUUUUAUAGCACCUACGCUUACAGAGACGUGUCGUUUGGCUUAUUCACAGCGGCCAAACAAAGAUCUGCCAAUAAUGCAGCUAUGGAGUAUACCAUUCUACAUGUUUCAUUAGAUCAAGGGUUCAAGCUUGGCAGCUACGACUUGAUCGUGCCGCUAAUCUAA